AUGGCUGCUGCUGUGAACUUGGAACUUGAUCCCAUUUUUUUGAAAGCACUUGGCUUCUUACAUUCAAAAAGUAAAGAUUCUGCAGACAAGCUAAAGGCACUACUUGAUGAAUCUUUGGCUCGGGGCAUUGAUUCAACUUACCGUCCAUCUCAAAAGGAUGUGGAGCCACCCAAAAUUUCAAGUGCAAAAGCUAUUUCUGUUAAGCAAGAGCCCAAAACAUCCUCCAGUCUUCCUUCUGGCAAUAAUAAUGGCAAAGUCCUCACAACUGAAAAAGUAAAGAAGGAAGCUGAAAAGAGACCAGCUGAUAAAAUGAAAUCAGACAUCACUGAAGGAGUUGAUAUUCCAAAGAAACCUAGAUUGGAGAAACCAGAGACACGGUCCUCUCCUAUUACUGUCCAAACUAGCAAGGAUUUAGCUAUGGCUGACCUUUCCAGUUUUGAGGAGACCAGUGCUGAUGAUUUUGCCAUGGAGAUGGGAUUGGCCUGUGUUGUUUGUAGGCAAAUGACGGUGGCAUCUGGAAAUCAAUUAGUAGAAUGUCAGGAGUGCCAUAAUCUCUACCACCAAGACUGCCAUAAGCCUCAGGUGACAGACAAGGAAGUGAAUGACCCUCGCCUUGUGUGGUAUUGUGCCCGAUGUACCAGACAAAUGAAAAGAAUGGCUCAAAAAACUCAGAAACCACCCCAGAAACCAGCCCCCACAGUUGUUUCUGUAGCUCCAGCUGUCAAAGAUCCAUUGGUUAAGAAACCAGAAACUAAACUCAAACAAGAGACAACUUUUCUAGCAUUUAAGAGAACAGAGGUCAAGACAUCCACGGCUAUUUCAGGAAAUUCUUCUAGUACCAGUGUUUCUUCUUCAGUAACUAGUGGCCUAACUGGAUGGGCAGCUUUUGCAGCUAAAACUUCUUCUGCUGGUCCAUCAACAGCAAAGUUGAGUUCAACAACCCAAAACAAUAGUGGGAAACCAGCUACCUCAUCAACUAACCAGAAGCCUGUGGGUUUGACUGGUCUGGCGACAUCAUCUAAAGGUGGAAUAGGUUCCAAAAUAGGUUCCAAUAACAACACUGCACCCACUGUACCCUUGAAACCACCUCCACCUCUAACUUUGGGCAAAACUGGCCUUAGUCGCUCCGUUAGUUGUGACAAUGUUAGCAAAGUGGGUCUUCCUAGUCCGAGUAGUUUAGUUCCAGGAAGCACCAGCCAACUCAGUGGGAAUGGAAAUAGUGGGACAUCAGGGUCCAGUGGAAAUACCACUAGCAAAACCACUUCAGAAUCAAGCAGCUCUCCCUUAGCAUCCCUUAAAGGUCCAACUUCACAAGAAUCACAGCUCAAUGCCAUGAAGCGAUUACAGAUGGUCAAGAAGAAAGCUGCCCAGAAGAAACUCAAGAAGUAA